GCGGAGAAAAGAAAUAUACUGUAUAAAGCCCGGCUUAGAGAUAACAGAUCUGGAGUAUAGUGUUUUUUGCCGCCCACAGUGCGUCAUCUGGUCAUCUGAUCUCCGUCAAUAUGGGAGAAAUUCAACUGCGAUUAUCUCUGGCAAUCUUUACUGUCAUCCUGCUAAUUGGAGGCAUCAAAUCGGAGGAGAAGUACCACUACCUGAUCAAGGAGUUCGUGGUGCCGCUGGAUCACUUCAGUUUCCUGAGCAAUGCCACCUUCAGCAUCCGGUACUUGUACAACGACUCGUUUGUGAGGGACCAGAGCAAUGCCCGCACUCCGAUUUUAUUCUACACCGGAAACGAGGGGGACAUUGAACUCUUUGCCCAGAAUACCGGAUUCCUGUGGGAGGAGGCGGAGCGGAAGCAUGCGUUGGUGGUCUUCGCCGAGCACCGGUACUAUGGGAAAUCCCUGCCCUUCGGGAAAUCCACUUUCAACACCAGCAUGCCAGAACACUUGGCCUACUUCACCGUGGAGCAGACCCUGGAGGAUUACGCCAUGCUGAUCACUUACCUGCGCAACGGCACCCAGAGACCGGUGGUGACCUUUGGUGGAUCUUAUGGCGGCAUGUUGGCCGCCUGGUUCCGCAUGAAGUAUCCGCAUCUGGCCGUCGGAGCUUUGGCUGCCUCGGCUCCCAUUCUACAGUUCCCCGGAAUAACCGAUUGCGAUAUUUUCUACCGGAUUGUGACAUCUGUUUUUGCGAACGCCUACAAUUCCAACUGUACGGUGAACAUUGCCAAGUCAUGGCGAGUUUUUGAGACCCUGGGAGGGACGGAUGCGGGAAAGAAGCAAAUCUCCGAUGCCUUCAACUUGUGCUCUCCGGUAAAAAGCGAUGCGGAUCUGAAGAAGUUCCUGGACUAUGUGGAGGAGGUCUAUUCCAAUCUGGCCAUGGUUAACUAUCCCUACAGCAGCAGUUUCCUGGCUCCAUUGCCGGCCUUUCCCGUGAGGCAGGUGUGUUUCUAUCUGAAGGAUCUGCACACCACCGAUGCGGAUUUGCUGCACACCAUGGCCAGUGCCUUGGCGGUGUACACCAACUUCACGGGAACCACCAAGUGCCUGGACAUUUCCGCCACCUCGAAUGCCGACGAGUCCGGUUGGAACAUACAGACCUGCAACCAGAUGGUUAUGCCUUUCUGCUCCAACGGCACUGAGACCAUGUUCCGUCCCUCCACCUGGAACUUCAACGAAUUCUCCGAGAAGUGCUACAAGGAUUACCGCCUCACGCCAAAGCCCUACGACAUUAUUCUGCGCUAUGGCGGGAAGAACAUCGAAGCCGCUACCAACAUCAUUUUCAGCAACGGCUUGCUGGAUCCCUGGAGCGGUGGUGGCGUCUUGCAGGCACCCAACGACAAAAUCCAUGUGAUUAUCCUGCCGGAAGGAGCUCAUCAUCUGGAUCUGCGUCGCAGCGAUCCCGCCGAUCCGCCUUCUGUGAGGGAUGCCCGCAACAAGGAGUCGGCUAUCAUAGCCCGUUGGAUUGAGGAGUUCUGAACCGGGAAGGAGCAUGGCCAUACUACUAUUGAACAAAUUUAAUAUUUUAACAUUAUAAUUUCAUUAAAUACCAAUUAAUUUUUAAUGGUAUAACCAUAAAUGUAGGGAGUUACUGAUUUUUCGACAAAAAAAACUUAAAAAUCGAAUAAAUGUCUACACUUUUUAAA